CUUUUUUUCCCCCUCCUCCACCACAUUCUGUGACGACGGCAUUUUGCACCUCAUCACAGAAUCACAUUGACGGGGUCUGUGAUAUUGCUCCCCUAAUAAAAUCGGGAUCUCUAUUCCUUUUCUCCCUAAUUCAUUUCAGCGGCCACAUUCCGCGCAGGUCUCAUUCUUUGUCGCCGCAAUCGAGGGCAAGAUCGAGCCAAGCUUGGAUCGAAGUCCAGAGCGCUUCUUGCGACAGUGCACUCUUUCGCACCAGCCCUAGGCACGCCCAUUUGUGACCGCCUUUUGUUCCCGAGCCGCAGCGGUUAAGACGGAGCAUUCCUCGCCCGCCGGUCAUAUCGCCAGUUCGGCCUUGCUGACCACGCGCGACCGCCACUCUCGCUAUUUCGACGACGACAGGCCUGGAUUUUGACACUCGGCUUGCCGACUUGACUUUCCGCCCGGGCAACCCGACCCCCACGACCACGAACUCCGCCCAACGCGCACACCUAGAUCCCACCGCUGCGACGGCCGACCAAGUGUCCUUAUGACUUCUACUGCAAACCAGGACCAAACCCCGGCGCAGAACCCCAGUGCUCCCUCGACAACGUCGUAUGCUUCAGCCGCCGGUGCUGCCAAGAAGCCUAUCGCGACGCCGUUGAGUGCGGCUGGAUCGAACCCUCCGCCCGUGGUGGUCGGUUCCUCUGCGCCAGGUGGCCAGCAACAUGGAAAGCCCGCGUCCGCGUCGCCAGUAAACGGUCGCCAGGCGAUCACGCCCGCUCUGCCGGCAACUGCACCCACCGCCCCGGCUGUUGCGCACGGUGCUGCCACUAACGGCCACGACCGGAAGAGCUCGGUCACCAUCAGCGCGAACGGCCCAAGCGGCUACAUUGCCAACGGAGGCCCUGUGGGAGGCUCCAAGGGUAACAUUCAGUUUGGCUACAAGGAAUCUCCUGCCAUCGCCCACAGCACACCCCAGCAGGGCACAUCUGCUCCCAUUCCCAUCCCAGGGAAUAAUGCCCGCGUUCCCUCACCGGCGCAUUCACCUUCUCCCAUCCCUCAGCCAUCUGCUAGUGGAGGUCGACCACCCCCGAUGGCGCAGGACGGACCGAGUAUGAAGUUUGGCAGCCUUGGUGGAGAUGGCGAGCGCCACAUGAAGCACCUUUCACAGGGCCCUCACCCGAUGGGGUCUGGAUCUCCACACAUGCGCCAUGGAAGCACACAUUCUGUCCAUGAUAACGCAGGAGGUCACGGCGGUCCUGGCAUCGCAAGAGGCGGCGGCGGGUUUGGCCCAUCGGGCGGACGUGGUCGCGGUGGCUACAACGCCGGCGGCUACAACAACCCCAUGGGAUACCCUCCCGGCCAGUACGGUCACGGCCGUGGUGGAGGACAUAGUGGACAGGGGCGGGGCGGUAUGAACUACCCGCAGAACCAGCGGGGCAUGCCCCCCUACCAGAGUUCUCCCCAGCCACGGGGCAGUCCCGCCAUGGGCAACGCGAUGCCCAACCCGGGCACACCGACGAUGAACCAGUCGCUACCCGUCCACCCGCCGCAACAAGGGUUCAACGCAUAUAUCCCGCCGGCUUACCCAAAUCAGACAUACCCCUUCCCUCCCCCCUUCGACCCACGCCAGCAGUCCAUGAUGGGCAUGGGCUACCCGCAGUACCCUCAAAUGCCGCCAUCGAUACCAUACGGCAUACCGCCCCCGGGCCCAUCUCCCUCCCCUGGGUUCCAGCAGCCUUACACGCAGGGUCCAUACCCACCCCAGGCUCAGCCUAUGUCGCGGAAUGCUUCGCAGGUAUCGGAGAGGCCCAACUCUAGCACCGGCCAUCCGCAGUCGCAAGCAGUAACGCAGGCGCCCGCAGCACCGGUGCACGCCGCGAGCGCCAAGCCGGCCGUCGUUUCAUCCUCUGCGUCCUUUGUCAUCCCGAAGAAGGCCGCCACCAAGAUUACGAUCAAGAAUGCUGCAGGGGAGGCUGUCGACCUGAACAGCCUCAAAGCACCUGCAUCGCCGGUUCCUAGCGUACAACAGUCUAAAACCCCACCAGUAGUCAGCUCUUCUUCAACACCUCCACCGAAAACGACCGCGCCGUCGCAUGCUCGGUCGGAGAGCUCCAAAACUGCCGAGCAAUUGAGAAGCGAGUUCAGGGAGCAGGUGUUCAAGUCACAGACGGCUGGUCCACCGGUCGAGGCAAAGGACGCCGCGCCUCAAACAGCAGAUGCUCCUGCCGACAAGCCGACUACCAAGGCUCCGGGCAGUGGGGAUGAAGCGGUCAAAGCGGACGUCGCUGAUCAGGAGGCUCCCAAGGCUGCUGCCGACAAGCCAACUGAGACCAAGGACACACCACAGACUAAUGCUGCGCCCAGCGAGACUCAGGCUCAAGCUCCGGAAACCACCGUUGCCGAGGCUGAGAAGGAGCCGGCACCCGAGCCCAAGGAGUCUGAGGAAGAAGAGAUGGAGCGUAUGAUCCGCGAGAUGGAGGAGGCGGAAGCGGAGCGUGAGAAGAAGGCUGCCGAGUACGAGGCCAAGAAGAAGGUUGUACUUGAGGAAAAGAAGCGACUCGACGAAGAGAACCGGGCCAAGAACGCAGCCGAGAACGACCGCAAACUCCAGGAGCAGGAGCGAGAGAUGGAGCGUCUCGAAGAGGAACGCGAGAAGAAACUGGCCGAGGCAGAGGCCAAGGAAAGCGGCAAACCCACCACGGAUGCCUCGGCCGCCAAGGUUACAGACGCCAAGGAAUCGGCAGCCCCGGGCGUCAGCUCCGUGGCUGACAAGCUGGCAUCUCUAAGUGUCGGCGGCACCACGGCGUCCUCUUCGGCCACCAAGCCAGGCACCACUGAGGGUAAACGCUCAAAGCCCGCCGCUCUCAACCUUGCACCACUCAAAACGAGUUCCGUGGAGCCACCGCAGCCCAGUGCAGCCCUGCAGUCGCUCAAAUCGGCCCGAUUUCUCGAGGUGAUUGCGCCCAGCCUGUAUCCUGCUGGCAUCCAGUCUCCCAACCCGGCCCUGAACGUUGCCGUCGCCCGCAAGGGCAAGAGCUUCAAGUACGAUUCCAACUUCCUGCUCCAGUUUCAGAAGGUGUUCACGGAGCAGCCAUCCAUGGAGUUUGGGCAACAGGUCAAGACCCUCAUCGGCGAUGGCGACGGAGGCUCCAGGUCGGCCUCGGCCAGGACACCGGCGCCAGGGUCUGGACGCCAGAACUCGCGCCCUGGUGCUGGCAACUUUGGAGGCGGAGGUAUGGGUAGUGGUUUCAUUGCGCCGCCAUCCAAACUCACUCAAGGUCCGGGCGACCGCAUGGGCCCGCCUCCACGGGGUGGUAUCAACAACAUGCCCGGUGGUAUGGGCUCAUUCGGACGUUUCCCGGGUGGCAACAUGAUGGCACGCACGCCGUCCAACAGCAUGAACAUCCCCAACUCGCCCCGCCAGGGAAGCAGAACCACGCGCGGCGGAAGCAAGCGUGACUUCAGCGCCAAGAACGAAGCGCAGGCUGCUAAGACCAUGCCCCUUACGCAGGGCCUCGACCUCAAGCCCAUCACUGUCUCGGCCGGCGGAUGGAAGCCGCGCAGCAUCGGUAACAAGGCCGCGGCUGCUCCCGCGGGCGCUGCGGGUGAGCUCCUUGAGCCGGAGGUGGUACAACGCAAGGUCAAGGCUGCCCUGAACAAGAUGACGCCCGAGAAGUUCGAAAAGAUUGCCGACCAGAUCCUCACCAUUGCGGCCCAGUCCAAGGACGAACAGGAUGGCCGUACGCUGCGCCAGGUCAUCCAGCUCACGUUCGAGAAAGCUACGGACGAGGCGCACUGGGCGUCCAUGUACGCCAAGUUCUGCAAGCGCAUGUUGGAUACCAUGAGCCCCGAGAUCCGCGAUGUUAGCAUCGUGGACAAGCAUGGAAAUGUGGUCAGUGGUGGUGCCCUGUUCCGCAAGUACCUCCUCAACCGCUGUCAGGAGGAGUUUGAGCGCGGCUGGAAGGUCGACCUGCCAGAGCCCAAGGAGGGCGAUGAGCCCAAGGCCGGCGAGGCCGUCAUGCUCUCAGACGAGUACUAUAUCGCGGCGGCCGCCAAGAGGCGAGGCUUGGGUCUUGUUCAGUUCAUCGGUGAGCUUUACAAGCUUGGCAUGCUGACGGAGCGCAUCAUGCACGAGUGUGUGCGCAAGCUCGUCGACUACCGCGGCGUGCCCGACGAGGCCGAGAUCGAGUCGCUCUCCAAGCUGCUGCGCACCAUUGGAGGCAACCUGGAUGUCAACACGGAGAAGACGCAGGGCAAACACAUGAUGGACGCCUACUUCCAGCGCAUCGACGCCAUGGUCAGGAUGCCUGAGCUGCCGAGUCGUCUCAAGUUCAUGCUGAUGGACAUGGUGGAUCUCCGCCGUUCCGGCUGGCACUCCAAGGAGGCCAACAAGGGGCCCAAGACGCUGGACGAGGUCCGCGCCGAGGCUGAGGCGGCGGCAGCGCAGAAGGCAGCCGAGAACGCGCGGGGCAACCAACGGGGCGGCCCUGGCGGAAGGCCACCCAUGGGAGGCCGUGGCGGCGACGGACGGGGACCGUCAAACUACGGCCAGCCUGCCCCCAACCAAAACACGAUCGAUAUGAACGAUCUGAGACGGCUCAAGGGAUCGGCCACGAGGACAAGCUCACAGAACGCCACCUUUGGACCCAGCUCCAUGUUUGCGAGCCGCAGCAACAGUGGGCGCGCCAACAGGCUUGGUGCUGGUGGCGCUUUUGCCCGCGCCGGCGAGGACUCCGGCGCGUCUUCCAGGACGGGAACCCCGCCAACCAGGGAGUCGGUGAACGCGUUCAGCCUUCUUGCGAACAUGGAGACGGAGAACCCGGCAUCGCCACCCUCGACGGCGGUAUCACCGGCGCUUUCCAAGGUCACACCCGACACGACCAAGGGACGCGCCUGAGGGGGAGACCCCACAUGUCAGGCCAGCAUGUCUUGCGGUGCACGUUUGCAUGUUUGACUUGUCUCCUCCCACCCGCCGUCCCCUUCCGUUUCUUCUCCUUGGCGCGAUGAGGAUCCGUGUUGUUUCCACGGUAUACUCGUCCCAUCUGCCAUUCAUUUCACCGUUCUCGGCCACAUGUGCAUAGAAGGGGCGUGCUUGUUGCUUGCAUUUACAGGGUAUUCGGCCAAAAAACCGCGCGACUCCCCAGACUCAUUCUUGGAAGACGGAGAGAAAACGAAACUGCAAAAAAAAAGAGAAAAAAACAAGGAAUCACAAAAAAAGCAAGUCCCUCUUAUGUGUUGGUGUUUUCGUUUUUGCCGUUGUUCUUUGUUUAUCAAAAGCGCCGUCAAACUUGGUCGUUCCCUUCCUCACGAUACCUCGGAUUUCAGUUACGUGCAAUUCCAUCUUCCUCCACCACCCUCAUAGACCAACCGUCCAGGCACUCUUUGGUCUGGCGGAUCCAUUUUCCCCUCUUGUCCUCCUGUGUUCGAUUCUACUUGUGUUUAUUAUCUUUCCCUCACAAAACUGGCCAGCCCGAAACUCCCCAGUAACCCAUGUUAUAGUCGUGGGCGUGGGAGGGUGGCGGCGCUGGCAUGAUACGAAGUGGGAGUACAGGAAGGGCCCCGCGGUCUGCUGCCUCGUCUUUCUUGAUUCGUUUCGUAUCUUUCUCUUUCGUCUGUUUUUUUUUCCUCUUCUUUAUUUCGUCUUCAUCCUCCGUCUUUUGGCAUCCUCUUCCCCUGUCAUAUUCACGAGUACUUGCACCUGUUUAUGUUUGGUAUUCGUUCUGCUCCCCACUGACGUUUUCGUCUGCUAAUUGAGCCAUCAUCUCUCGCCCCCUCUCGAGGCAAAUUCCGAGUGCUUUCCCCGUCUUUGUCCCAGCACUGGGACAUUUGUCCUUUCCGCACUUUAUUCUAGUUUUUCUCAUCGCCCUCGAUCCUCUUUUUCCCUUGCCUGUUUUCCCCCGCUGUUUUUUCUUUCUUUCUUCUUGUUUCUACCUGGGAGGACGGACGGAACAGACAAAGUAUGAUGGGUGAAGACGACGGGAUGGCGCUUAGACUAAGGGAUGGCUGGGAUGAUGAGUUCAUGCAACAUAUUCGACGCUUGCUAGUGUCAUUUUCGCUUUUGAGAAAUCCUAAACCUCGCAUUCAUAUUUCUUUGAUGGCCCUCGCACUCGUGGCUCUCUUCUCCCAUCCCCACUGCCCUUCCCCAUACUCCAGAUCCGAGCGAGCUUCUGCGCCUGUUUGUGAUUGAACGAGAUGAGGAUGACAGCAAAGGAUGUGGUGCUUGCUACUGGGGCGCGGCGCGGGAUGUUGGACAGGUGGCACUUUGGCUUUAUUUGCUUCUGGGACGCUAAAUAAAAUACGUGAAAACACUGCAUCCAAGAGAGAUGAUUAUGACACCAUACUAGAUACCCAUUAUUCGUCCCGACCCCUCCAAUUCGCGUGCUGGACAGGCUGUGUAAACAUCAUAUACCCGUCAC